AUGACGAAAGAUGAAAACAAUUCCAGAGUUAUCAAUGGUGACAACACUACUGGUACCAACACCAUAGUUCAAUUCAACCCCACUUCCAACUGCCAAUCAAACUUAACGGCAGUCACAAUUUUUCCAAUUGGAAAGCUCAGUUCUCCAUGCUUCUGCAUGGACAUGACCUCUAUGGUCACCUUGAUGGAUCUACCCCGACUCCCAACCCGAGCACCACUUUUGGCACCAACACGACCCCCAACCCUGCUUAUACACUUUGGUUCCAAACAGGCUUGGGACUCUUUGCAUAAUGCUUAUGCAAACAAGUCCCAAACUCGGAUCUUUAGUCUUCGUGAUCAACUUGCCCGAAUCACCAUAGACUCCCUCCUUAUUACUGAAUACCUUCAACGUAUUCGGUCCCUUUCGGAUGAACUAGCCACUGUUGGUGCCCCUGUUACUAACUCCGAACUCAUUGUCAAAAUCCUUAGUGGACUUGGCCCUGAGUUUCGCGAGAUCUCGGCUGCUAUACGUGCAUGUGACACCACAGUAACCUAUGAAGAACUGUAUCAGAAGCUGCUUGACCAUGAGCUCUUUCUCCGUCAUGAGGAGGUUAAGAAAAUGCAGAGCCCAAUCACUGCUGAGGUGGCCACUCGCAACAAACCAACCAAUAAUUCCAACAACCGCAACAAUCGUCGUCAGAACAAUAAUGGUACGCCUACUCAGAAUCCUCUGGAAUGGCGCCAGAAUGCUCGCUCCAAUCCGCCAGCUCAGUGGCAAGCCCCGACUAACAAUAAUUUCACUAGUGCUAUCCGGUGUCAGCUGUGCAACAAAAUUGGCCACAUUGCAAGUGUCUGCAGAUCUAAAUCUCACAAUCACUUUGAGGCUAAAGCUAAUUAUGCUUGCGGUUUCACCUCUACUGCCAACCCAUGGAUUAUGGAUUCUGGAGCUACUCAUCAUCUCAUAACAGAGCCACACAAUUUACAGGAAUAUCAUGACAAUUAG